UAAUCUAACUAAAGAUUAAAUAGCUGUCACCCUAACUUAACUAGUUACAGCAUAUUAACCUUAACAGUAUGUUUACUGUGAAUUAUGUUGAGAUAUAUCUUUAUUAAUGACGAACAAUGCUAAUCUUUUACUCUGGAUCCAUCUUAUCAAUUGCUAUGAUUUUUUUUUUAAUGUUUAAAGCAACAAAUACUCUGUGCUUGUUGUCGAUGAUGGCUGUGAUGAUCGAGAAACCCUUCGCGAACUCUUCAUGUGGAUCGAGUCAGAAACUAAGCUUCCAAUCGUUUUUCAAGUGGCAAAAAAUGGAAAAGAAGCUGUUAUCUUCAUCAUGCUGGGGCUUGUUUUGAUAUGAUUGUUAUGGACGAUUUAAUGCCCAUCAUGAAUGGAAUUGAGGUAUGUCAGUGCGAUUGCAGAGAGUUUUUUCUUGUUUUUCUCCUUGUUUUAAUAUAUAUAAGAAAGAAACUUAUUCAAGAUUACAAUUUUGCUCGAAGAACUGCAUUAGAAACAUCUACUUGAUAGAGUGAGAAGGCAGUCAUAUUUAACCUUCUCUCGCCCUCCUUCAAAAUCAAUAUCUCACCAACAUGUGACCUUAACCACUUCUCUCCUAGUCCUAGCUAACAGGAAAAAAAAGUUGUUUAAAAGAACCAACUUUGGCGCCUCUCUCUCUCUCUCUCUUCAACAACUCAUUCACUUUUCUUGCCAUCCUCUCAGUCUCUCUCUCUUAAAAUCAAGAAACCAUUGAUUCAUCAACGGAGCCUAUGAUGACAAGUCGAGUUUCAGACGAGGAAGAUAGCACUCAAAUCGAACAAACCAUUGAUUCAUCAAUGGUUGUCGAACCAAUAACACCACCAACGGAGCCUAUGAUCACAAGUCAAGUUUCAGAUGAGGAAGAUAGCACUCAAACUGAACAAGAAAUUCAGGCUUUGUUUUCUCUACUGGAUACUUGCAUCACAAAUUUGGAAGGAAAGUUGACCGAUGCCAAGUCAUCCAAGGCAAAAAUUGAAGCACUUCUUGAAAAAGUAAUUCAAUUGCUGAUUGAUGAACUCAAGAUCAAAGCAGAAGAUAGUGAGGAUAAAUGGUUCAUAAAGAGGGAUGGAAUGGUGGCUCCGUCCUAUCUUACAAGAAACAAUACUGAUCUUCAGCAAAUUCAGCUUCUAGUUAGAAAACUGGAUCGCUACAUGGCAAAGGUGGAUCAAGAGUUGCAUGUAUUAGAGAAUAUACCCUUCCUGAGGGAAGAAAUCGAUAGAGAUCGAGAAGAAGCCACGACUUUGAAACUUACUCUUGAAAUUUGUGAUACAAGGAACGAUCUCGAAGUGGGAUCGUUGGUUACUUAUGCGAACCAAUGGCUGAAUGAUCAGAAGACACAGAGUGUUGAAAGUGUAGACACAAAGGGUCGUGAUCUUCGAGAAACCCGCCAGAGGCUCUUGGUGUUGCUUGGGUAUCAAAAGAAGCUUCAAAUGGAUGUUUCAGUGGCCAAAAAUGGAAAAGAAGCUGUUUAUCUUCAUCUUGCUGGGGCUUCCUUUGAUAUGAUUAUUAUGGAUGACCUGAUGCCCUUCAUGGAUGGAAUUGAGGCAAUAAAUCUGUUACGCAGGAUGGGUGUUGAAAGCCGCAUUGUCGGUGUUACUGGUGAGUUUAAGCGACUAGCUUUCAUGGACUCAGGCGCCGACAGCUGCAUUAUAAAGCCACUGACUCUUGAAAAGCUCGCUGCUGUCUUCCGCAUUUGAAUUUGUUUGCACAGCAUGUGCAAUGUACAUCUGAGGAAAAUACAUGAUCCUAAACCACAAAGGCAUUCUACUUCAUUUUUCACUGUGGCGGCUGAAUUCUGGCUUCUGCAAUUGAAUUUUGCUGAGGUGCUUUGGUUGAUUGAAA